CGUCUUCCGCGGCCGCCGGAAGGGGAAGUUUCGCCUCUGAACGUUGCCUCGCUCGUCCGAAUUCGGUGGCGCCACGUCCGCCGGUCUCCGCCUUCUGUACCGCAGCUUGGACUGCUUCCAUCGCGACGACUUCUACUCCGCAGCCGGCCGCGUCGGGAGGGGGCCAGGGCUGGGUGUCGGGUGGGGCUGUGCGCAUCCUGGCCACCUAGGAAGCGAAGAUGUCGGACAUCGGGGACUGGUUCAGGAGCAUUCCGGCCAUCACGCGCUAUUGGUUCGCCGCCACCGUCGCGGUGCCUUUGGUCGGCAAACUCGGUCUCAUCAGUCCGGCCUACUUCUUCCUCUGGCCCGAAGCCUUCCUCUACCGCUUCCAGAUUUGGAGGCCAAUCACUGCCACCUUUUUUUUCCCUGUGGGUCCAGGAACUGGAUUUCUUUAUUUGGUCAAUUUAUAUUUCUUGUAUCAGUAUUCUACACGACUCGAAACAGGAGCUUUUGAUGGGAGGCCAGCAGACUAUUUAUUCAUGCUCCUCUUUAACUGGAUUUGCAUCGUGAUUACUGGCCUAGCCAUGGAUAUGCAGCUGCUGAUGAUUCCUCUGAUCAUGUCAGUGCUUUAUGUCUGGGCCCAACUGAACAGAGACAUGAUUGUAUCAUUUUGGUUUGGGACAAGAUUUAAGGCCUGUUACUUACCCUGGGUAAUUCUUGGAUUCAACUAUAUCAUCGGCGGCUCGGUAAUCAAUGAGCUCAUCGGAAAUCUUGUUGGACAUCUUUAUUUCUUCCUGAUGUUCAGAUACCCAAUGGACUUGGGAGGAAGAAAUUUUCUAUCCACACCUCAGUUUUUGUACCGCUGGCUGCCCAGCAGGAGAGGAGGGGUGUCGGGAUUUGGUGUGCCCCCAGCGAGCAUGAGGCGAGCUGCUGAUCAGAACGGUGGAGGUGGGAGACACAACUGGGGACAAGGCUUCCGGCUUGGGGACCAGUGAAGGCGCGGCCCCUGGCCUGCCCGCCCACCACUCCGUCCAGACGAAGUUUCCUCCCAGUGCUUUGGUGCACUUAACCGCUGAGUUCUAGCUAACGCUGUUGGACCUGACCCACGCUGAAUGUAAUCUUUCAGUACAAGACAAAAUUUUUUAAAUCCUGAAGAAAAAUAUACGUGUUCCUCAAGUUUGAUGAUUCUCAUUCAAGUCCUUACUGCUAUGAAGAACAAAUGUCAACUGUGCAAAUUUCAGAACUGA